UCUCAAAUGCGCUCUCUUGCCUGCUCUUGCUGCACUGAAAAUUAUGCAGCUGGACGAAAUAAACACUACACGGAAAUUCGCAAGUUUUCUGUAAAAAAUUGAGGAAAUACGCGGUUGACGAGAGGAAACAAUAAACGGCGAUAUAACGCACGAUAUACAUAUCCGUACAUAUUUUCGUCUGAAUAUAAUUUUCAUUUGAAAUAAACAUACGUUAUCUUUUGUUUGCAGAAACGAAAUCGUGUAUUGUUAAUUUCGUGAACCACAUAUAUAUAUAUAUAUAUAUAUAUAUAUAAUAAAACGCAAACGUCACAAUACAUGUGUCGGUCUACGAGGUAAUCGGUGUUAUCCUGGCUCGACAAGGUUCACGCACGAACCAAGGCGCAGAGCAAGAACUUAAUACGCGUCAAAUGACCAAUGCCAUGGGUGGAGCUUAUGUACGUACACCACAAUCUAUCUUUCAACAUAUGAUGAGCCAGCAAAAUACACAACAGCAACAGGUUGGACAAUGGAUGCAAAUGCCCCAAGUGCCACCGAUAAGCAUUCCAUGGAGCGUACCAGCCUUGCAACAACCAGAAGUGAUAAGGUUCACAGGGGAGACUAGUUAUGGACCAAUAGUUCAUCAGAAGAGGAAGUUAGAGAUGCUAGAUUGUGUAGAUAUCAAUCGUCGUACCAAACAGUUUAUAACGGAAGAGAAAAUGGCUGCACACUUCAAAGAUUUGCACAUUAGCUGCAAUCAUCAAUCCGAGAGUUCGGUGCCGUCGACUUCGAAAGUCGAUACGUCCUUCUCUCAUAAGCAAUCGGACAUGGAUCUAGAUGUCGACACGGCGAACAAUACAGUAAAUACCGACCAAGCAGAUCAUGUACACCCGAGAUUAGUUCUUUCAGAGGAGUUGAAGCGAAUUCAACAGGAGCCCAUCCUCCCGUCGACUCUUCUGUCUAAAUUGGAGAGGCCUUCCAUGGCUCUAGUCCUUUGGGAACCACCGAGCAAGCACCUUCGUAUUUUACCAACCAGAGAUACACCAACGCCAAUUCCAAGUACAUCAGAUGACAAUAAUAAUAAUAAUAAUAAUAAUAAUAAUAAUAAUAAUAAUAAUAAUAACAAUAACAGUGACGCCAUUCCCGAUUUAAAUCGUAUAUCGUCCGAUAGUGUCCAAUCAACGUUUGAGCCUAUGGAAUUGUGAGGAUCUCCAGUUGACUUCUCAACGCACUUCAUCUACAUAUAUUCAAAACAGGAAAAUAUAAAUGAUGGAUUCUCUCUAAGAAAAUAAUUAUCUUCAGUACUAUGUAAGACUCGUGGAUACUCGUCACGAAAUUUUGGAUUGAUGACGUCAGAAACAAGAAAAUGAUGUCCAAAAGUCUUGUAUGCCAUUUCUCGUUUAUGAAGUCACAGUCCAACAUAGCCGCGGCGAGUACCCAGGAACUAUAAGAUGUGAAAUAGAUAUUAGAAUAAGAAAUAAAAUAGAGACUUCGCGCUAUUCCAUUGUAUAAUAAUCUUUGGAGUGAUAGUGCGUUUGUAUGUAAAUUUGAGAUGUGGAUCUUCGAGCGUGAAUUAUCGUUUUGUUUUCAUUCGAUAAUUUUGUAUGUUAUUUCAGUUACUAAAGUAAGUCAAUUUCUUUUUGUAUGUAAUAUUUUUUUCUAUACAUUAUUUUAUUUAUAUAACAUAAUCGUUAUAUAAUUUGGCGAUUUUUAAUCUGUUGCCUUUUAAAGGGCAUUGUUUGAAAUAAGUCACGAUCAUGUAAAAUGUACGAACAUGUUACUAACAAUGUCUUCUCAAUUCAUCGUUUGCAAAUAAGAUUGAGUGAAUAUGUGAGUGAAAAUUAAUUAUUUAAAGAACGAGAUAACAAAUGAUCAUAUAAUUAAUGUUUACGCUACAUAUAAUUGAAUACAUGUAUGCUAGUUUUGCAUUAAAAUACAAUUGUGACAUGACAAAA